GACCGUUAGAUCCGGGAGGUGCAAGAUGGUGGUGCCAGCGGGAGCCGCCGCCGCCGCCGCCGAAGCCGAAGCCGAAGUUGGAGUUCGCGUCUCGACCCCGACGCGCUAAUGGCUGGGACUGAGGGGAGUGAAGGAUUUUGCUAUUCUCAGCCAGCUGUAAUCUCCCUACUGGAACAAGGGAGAAAGCCCACCCAGAUGGUUGACAAAGAGUUGACUAGAGGCCAUUGUUCAGAACUCAUAUCACAUGAAAACAACAUAUUAUCUCUAAAGAAGAGCCAUUUCAGUCAAGUACUAUUUACCCAUGAAGGCAUGCCAACUUAUAUUCAGCCCACAUUUUUAACUCCAUAUCCAGAAAAUGUUAAUGAAGAAAAGUCUUGUGAAUGGAACAUUUGCAGAGAGACCUUUACUCAGAACUCACAGUUUAUUCAGCAUCCAAAAACUCAUGCUGCUGAAAAGCUCUAUGGAUGUAAGGAGUGUGGGAAAUUAUUUAGUCGUGGGUCACUUGUUACUCGCCAUCAGCGGGUUCACACAGGAGAAAAACCUUAUGAAUGUAAGGAAUGUGGCAAGUCUUUUAGUUGUAGUUCAUAUUUUUCUCAACAUCAGAGAAUUCACACCGGUGAGAAACCCUAUGAAUGUAAACAAUGUGGGAAAACCUUUAAUUAUUGUUCAAAUCUUAAUGAUCAUCAGAGAAUUCACACAGGUUUAAAACCUUAUGAAUGUUACGUAUGUGGAAAAGCCUUUGCUAAGAGUUCACAACUUUUCCCACAUAUCAGAGUCCAUACUGGUGAGAAACCUUAUGAGUGUACAGUGUGUGGAAAAGGAUUUACUCAACACUCAAGACUUACUCAGCAUCUGAGAAUGCACACUGGUGAGAAACCUUAUGAGUGUCAGGAAUGUGGAAAGGCCUUUAGUAGUGUCUCCUCUCUUACUAACCAUCACAGAAUUCAUACUGGGAAGAAAGUUUAUGAAUGUAAUGAAUGCGGAAAGGCCUUUAUUCAGAGCUCAGAACUUAUUCAGCAUCUUAGAAUUCAUACAGAUGAAAAGCCUUAUGAAUGUAAUCAAUGUGGGAAGGCUUUUAAUAGAAGUUCCAAUCUUACCAGGCAUCAAAGAAUUCACACAGGAGAGAAACCCUAUCAAUGUAAGGAAUGUGGAAAGGGCUUUGGUAGUAGCUCUGACCUCCUUCGCCAUGAAGGAAUUCACACUGGGUGAAUGAAAUACCGAUUUGAUGCUUGUUUGUUUGUUGGUUUAUGGGCCACACCCAGCGGCAUUAAGGUUACUCCUGGCUCUGCACUCAGAAAUUGCUCCCGGCAGGCUCGGGACCCUAUGGGAUGCCAGGGAUCAAACCUGGGUUAGCUGCAUGCAAGGCAAAUACCUUACCCGCUGUGCUAUCACUCCGGCCCAAUUUCAUAAUUUUUGUAAUAUUUAUUAAAACAGUGAAAAAAUAAUAAUGCACGAGUAAAGUUGUUCUGUGCAGUGUUUCUUAGGGUUACUGUAGUAAAAUACUACCAAACUCUUAAAAAUAUCGUAAAACUGUUAAUGCCACAACUUUAUUUUUAUUAUUAAAGUUCAAAAUCAGAGUUGUUGAAAGAAUAAUUCCUGUGAUAAUGUUUCAUUUCUUCUGCUACCUAAUAACUUUUGAUAUUUCUUGCCUUGUUGCUGCAUUAGUCCAAUCUGUCACUUCACAAUGCACUCACUAUAUCUGGCUUUGUUUUUUGUUGGUUUUGUUUUUUUGCAGGUGCAUACCCAACAAUGUUCCUGGCUCUGCACUCAGGAAUCACUCCUGGCUGGCUCGGGAUCAUGUGGGAUCCCAAGGACCAAACCUGGGUCAACCACAAGCAAGGCAUAUACCACCCGUUGUAGGGCCUCUCGCCCCUAGAUGUUUAUUGUUAAUGAUGUAAAAUAAUCUCUGUUUGGUCUGAAGUGACAGUAGAGUGGAUAGGGUGCUUGCUUUGCACUUAGCUUACCCUUAGCCUGGUGUGGUAUAUCCCUUGUGCUUCCCCCAAGCACUGUGAGGAAUAAUUCCUAGUGCAGAGCCAGAAAUAACCCUGAAGCAUUGUUGGGUCUAUGGCCCAAAAUCCACAUCACCCUCCCCCACCCCCACCCACACAAAAUGUCUUCUAUGGUUAACUCUCAUUUGACAAACAUGGUGCUUGCUAAAACUUUAUGAUCAAAAAAGCUGGAGCCUUUGCUUUGCUUGCAUCAUGCUGGAGGCCCUGCUUUGAUCCCUGACUGCAUAGUUCCUUGAACAUUGCAUGUGGAAUAAUCCCUGAGUAUCACAGAAUGUGGCUCACAAACAAACCCCCCC